GAUUGAGAGGAUUAUCGGGCAGUAUUAUUAGGACAGAAUUAUGAGAGUGAAAAGGCAGAAGCGUCACCGGAAGAGUGUGAGGUUCUACACUGCAUGCUACGGAUUCAGACAGCCGUACAAGGUGCUCUGCGAUGUCACUUUCGUGCACCACCUCGUCACCAAUCGCAUUACCCCCGCCAACAAGGCCAUCUCUAAUGUCCUCGGGGAACCUGUCCUGCUAUUCACCACCAAACUAGCCGCUCUUCCAAUCGUACAAAAGGAAUAUCUACUAGCUUGGCUAGAAGUGUAACCAUCGAAAAGAAAGAGAGCGGUCAAAGUGUGAUGACCCGGCAAGAUGUGCGAGAUGCAGCUCGCUCACAUAUUGGAGAUACUGGCCUUCUGGAUUAUGUGCUGAAGUCAAUGAAUAAUGUGAUAGUUGGGAAUCAUAUUGUGUGCCGUGCAGUGAACCCAGCAACUCGGGUUUUGGAGUAUACAAUUCAUGAUCUUGCAGAUGGGGUUAAGGUCUCGGAGCCCGCUCAGUCGUUUCAAUCAGCAACUCUAGUUCCUGGAGUUGAUGUGUACAAUGAUGUGCUUUAUCUAUAUGAGCACGUGCUGUUGGAAUACCCGGAAUCAGAGCAAAUGGUUUUGGCUACUCAAAGACUAUUGGGCGCCAAGCACUUUGUGAAGGAAUGUUCACACAGGGAUGAUGAAGAGCAGUCGUUGACAAUCUUUUGCCAACUCUUGACUGAUAUGGAAUUCGUAUUCAAAAGGGAGCUGCCGCCUGGUGAAGUAGUAGUUUUGCCACUGCAUGCAACAGUCAGGGAACUAAAGCGAGCAGCUGAGAGUGCACUGAGAGAUACUUACUUUAUCACAGAACGGUUUGAGGUCAUGGCAAUCGAAGGCUUGGGUGAAAUGGAAGAUAUGGAACCCCUUUUUGGAGUAGCUGAAUCGGGAGUAGUAGUUGGUGUGAGAGGAAGCGGGAUAGAUUUAGACACGCCACUGAGGUAUGAAGGCGGAUCUGACAUUUGGAUUGUGAGUUGUGACUGCGGUGCUACAGAUGAUGACGGGGAGAGGAUGGUGGCAUGCGACUUAUGUGAGGUGUGGCAACACACACGCUGCCGCGGAAUUGAGGAUGCUGACACUGUUCCACCUGUGUUUUUCUGCUCUGCAUGUUGUGCUCUACUGGCGUCUCCUACAUAUUUCCCAUAAUUUUAUAGUUACUCUGAUUUAUAAGUUGGGUUUCUACAAAUUUCUGUUUAGGGUCAUGAACUGGUGGUAUUCCAAGAUUAGUCUCAGUUGCAUUGUGGUUCUCUUUUUGUGACUGUAAUAUGAUUGUUUCUUUGGUUUAUCCGUUUUGUUUCUUGAAUU